AUGAAUACUUUUUACCGUUAUAUAUACCAACUCACUGCAACACCAUUCGGUUGUUUUAUGGUUCCAAAUACCGCAGUUAGCAGCUUUUUGGCGAAGAAUCAGGUUAAGAAGGUUUCUGAUGUGGCAGCUGAGAACCUGUCCUCAGACACAUGGGCAUGGAGGAAAUAUGGACAGAAACCCAUCAAAGGGUCACCAUAUCCAAGGGGAUAUUACAGAUGUAGCAGCUCAAAAGGAUGUUUAGUGAGGAAACAAGUGAAGAGAAACAGAUCGGACCCAACAAUGUUCAUAGUGACAUACACCGGUGAACACAACCACCCUACUCCUACUCAUAAAAGCUCCCUUGCUGGCUCCACGCGCUACAAACCUCAGACUGGUGGAGACACAGCCACCACAAAAGCGGUUUCUCCGACGACCUCAUCAGAGGUGGCACAACACAGUACAAAGUCAGAGUGCACAAAAGAGGAGUUGGAAGAUAUGAUGAAAGAUGAUGAAAAAGCAAAUGAGUUAGAGUUAACAGAACCAGUGGUAUCAGAUGAUUUCUUUGAAGGGUUAGAGGAACUGACAGGGUCUGCCACUGAUCCCUUUACAGCUAGUAGCAGCAUUGAUCGGUGGCCACUGUCCAAUAAUGCUACCACUACCGCUGGUGGUAGCUGA